CACCGGUUGCAGUCAGUUAUUAACGAGCGCUACUCCCGGCAGCAACACAUCAGCAGCAGCAGCAGCAGAAGCAGCAGCAGCAGCCACGUACCCUCAGCAGCUCAAGUCACUCAAAAAAAUAAAGAGAGAAAGGAAUACACCAAAGAAAGAGAUAGCAGGACAAGAGAGAGCAACACACACACUCGAUAUUUUCAACAUUUUGAGUCGGAGAGCGGCCAACGGCAAACGAAUUCAGUUUGUGUCGAGACGUUGUCCGAGGCACGUCGCAAUUCAUAAGAGCGCUACAAUCCCACAGAUACAAAUUUACGCAGAUAUAUAGAUACACAAGUGCCAAAGCCAACAACAAAAGUGCAGUUUUUGAGAUACAAAAAAAGAAAGAAAGAAUAUCAACUACCAAAAUAUAACCAAAAAAUAAACCAGACAAGUGCAAUGUCUUCCACAUCGGCCUCGCCCAUCAGCAACAUAACCGUGGACGACGAGCUCAACUUAAGCGGAGAACAAGACUUUGCUGAGGAGGAUUUCAUAGUGAUCAAGGAGGAGCGCGAAACGAGUCUCUCUCCAAUGCUGACGCCACCGCACACGCCCACCGAGGAGCCACUGCGGCGAGUCCAUCCUGCAAUCAAUGAGGAGGCGGUGGCCACCCAGCUGCACAUGCGACACAUGGCCCACUACCAGCAGCAACAGCAGCAGCAGCAACAGCAACAACAGCAGCAGCAGCAGCAACAUCGCCUCUGGCUGCAGAUGCAGCAGCAGCAACAUCCGGCUCAGUAUCCAGUUUAUCCCGGCAGCCCCGCCGAUCCCGUGGCCGUGCAUCAGCAGCUGGUGAACCAUUGGAUCCGCAAUGCAGCUCUCUACCAGCAGCAUCAGCAGCAGCAACAGCAGCAGCAGCAUCCUCACCAUGGCCAUCAUGGACACCAUGGGCAUCCCCAUCAUCCCCAUCAUGCGCAUCAUCCCCACCAUGUUCGUCCCUAUCCCGCUGGUCUGCACACCCUCCAUGCCGCCGUUGUGGGUCGCCACUUUGGAGCCAUGCCCGGCCUGAAGCUGAGUGGCUCCAGUGGAGCACCAGCAGGAGCUGGAACUGGUAGCAGUCGGCCAAAGAAGCAGUUCAUCUGCAAGUACUGCAAUCGGCAGUUCACCAAGUCCUACAACCUUUUGAUCCACGAGCGAACCCACACCGAUGAGCGUCCCUACUCCUGCGAUAUCUGCGGCAAGGCCUUCCGGCGGCAGGAUCACCUCCGGGAUCAUCGCUACAUUCACUCCAAGGACAAGCCCUUCAAGUGCAGCGAUUGCGGCAAGGGUUUCUGUCAGUCGCGUACUUUGGCUGUGCACAAGGUUACCCACUUGGAGGAGGGUCCCCACAAGUGUCCCAUCUGCCAGAGAAGCUUCAACCAGAGGGCUAACCUAAAGAGUCACCUGCAGAGUCACAGCGAGCAGAGCACCAAGGAGGUGGCUUCCACCACCAAUGUGCCAAGCCAGGCAUUGAGUUCGCCUCAACCUGAGAACUUGGCACAACAACAGCACCUGCCCGUCCUGGAUCUCUCUUCCUCCUCAUCUACCUCCUCCACUGUCUCUGUUUCGGUCUCCGAGAAGCCCAAGAGAAUGCUGGGCUUCACCAUUGACGAGAUCAUGAGCAGAUAGAUUGUUAGGAGAGCUCGAAAACCCAACACAACCUGGUUUCUGUUGAGAGAGAUUCAGAGAGUAUCGUCGACGCCGCCAGGCAUGGGAAAUGCCUGGAAUGGAAAACCGAGUCGAAAGCUGGCCAAAGGUGGAAACCGCUAAAGCCUCGCCAGCAGCAGCAGCAGCAGCACAAAGCGCAGCCCCAGUGAGAAGUAGCUGUAGUCGAACAGUCAGUCAUCCGCCGUGCAAUUAAUUAUUGCAUAAAAAAAGAAAGAAGAAAAUUUAAACAAAUGCCAAAGUCCAAAUAGCAGAGGGAAAAACCUGAUGAAAAUCCAGGGAGAAAAGAAAGUAUCCUACACAAGGAAGACAAACAAAAAACACAAUUCCAAAACACAUACACAAUUGUAAACUAAAUAAAAUCCUAAAUAUAAUUGUAAACUAUACUAUAACUAUUAUUAUUAUUAUUAUUAUUAUUGUACCUUAUAGUUUGUAAAUGUUAUGUUUCCCAUAGUUCAAUCAAAUCAAAACUAAAAACUAAACCCAGAGACAUACAAAACCUCAAGCCCAACUUGGUUAUUGAAGAAAGACUGUUUUAAUAAUUAUUGUAUUUAUAUAAUUAUUUAUAGUUUAAUAGUUGUAAUAGUUCACAAAUUACACUUGAAUAAAACAAAUCAAUCUAAGGAUUGUUUAAUGUUAAAAGAACAACUUGAUAGAGUGUCAUUGAUUUUAAAAUGAAAACGAAACUUGUGACUUGGCACAAAGAUACAACGAUCUCAUUAUAGUCUUUAGUCUGUAUAUAGAAGAUGUGCAUAAAAUAUAUAAAUAUAUAAAAUAGAAAAUAAAUUUUCAAACUGAAAUGUAAAAAA